ACCCCAAAACUGCCUCCUCGACCCCAAUAACUGCCUUCAUAUAUAGUUAUCGUUAAAGUAAUAAAUCCCUGAUGUUUCUUGGCAAUAGUUAGGCGUCAAAAACCGGUAAAUACGAGGCUGUGAGUACGAUAACCUGGCAACAUCCCUCCCCCCCUCAGUUUCGUCCCUGUCAGCUGUGGUGGAUGUGUGGAGCCGUGGCCGUGGUCUUUGAAUGCCCGUAUCUCCCUUAUUUUAGCGACCUGUCUCCACUAGCACUGUGCAAAGCCGCCCUCAGAGUCUCCAGGAAAGUGUCGUGACAGCUUUUGAAUGGUGCAAAGUGUAAUGCCAAGUAUUACGGGGCCUUUCGUGCUGGGCGGAGGCAGCAGCAGCACAGGCGACCGAGAUGGAGUGGACGGCGGGGGCUCACGGGGCGGCGGCAGGGGUAGUGGAGGUCACCGGCCUAUGUCCAAUGAGGAGUGUGGCAUCCGGGAGGUUUGGGCACACAACAUGGAAGAAGAGUUUCACCACAUCCGUCGCAUCGUACACCAGUAUCCCUACGUGGCCAUGGACACCGAGUUCCCCGGUGUGGUGGCGAGGCCCAUUGGAGAGUUCAGAAGCAAUGCAGACUACCAAUACCAGCUGCUGCGAUGCAAUGUUGACCUCCUCAAGAUCAUCCAGCUGGGUCUCACCUUCCUUGAUGAACAGGGCAAGACACCACCAGGCUUUAGCACCUGGCAAUUCAAUUUCAAAUUCAAUCUUACAGAGGACAUGUAUGCCCAGGACAGCAUAGACCUUCUCCAGAACUCCGGCCUACAGUUUAAGAAGCAUGAGGAGGACGGUAUUGAACCCGUUAACUUUGCUGAGCUCCUCAUGACCUCCGGCAUUGUGCUGUUCGACAACAUAAAGAUGCUCUCCUUCCACAGUGGGUAUGACUUUGGCUACUUGUUGAAGCUUUUGACAGACCAGAACCUGCCUUCAGAAGAGAGUGAUUUCUUUGAACUCCUGAGGCUUUAUUUUCCUUCGAUUUAUGAUGUUAAGUACCUGAUGAAGUCCUGCAAGAACCUGAAGGGAGGCUUGCAGGAGGUGGCAGAGCAGUUGGAGCUGGAGCGGGUGGGCCCCCAGCACCAGGCUGGCUCUGACUCCCUCCUAACUGGCGCAGCGUUCUUCAAAAUGAAAGAAAUGUUCUUCGAGGACAAAAUCGACGAUGCCAAGUACUGUGGCCACCUGUAUGGUCUGGGGACAUCCUUUGUUGUGAAUGGCAAUUCAUCAGCCUCGUACACAGACAAUGGCCACACCUCAGACUCCACCUCCAACUCAUAGUGCAGCAGGGAAGACCAGCCGAGCCCCGCCCAAUCUUGUACAGACCCUCCGUGGCCCGUGGAGACUUUGCUGGCCGUGUCUGCUCCCGGUUCCCCUAAAGACUCAGCAAGGGUGUGGCACAGGGUCACCUAUGUUCCUGAGCCACACUCAUGUGUAAGCUGAUGUCCCAGUUCUUGUGUGCCCCACCAAUAAUUUUAUUAUUUCUGUUAUUUUAAAAAUGGAUGUAAAUGCCAUCCCACUUUUCUUCCUCUUUCCCUCUCUUAACUCUUGGUUGCCUUUCUAUCUGCUGUCUGUAUCAGUCCUAACAAUAUAAUGCGUGAAGUUUAGGGCAAGUAAGUAUGCAUUACAUCUGUGUUUUUAUCAGGAAAUAAAGCAUUUUCCAAACAGCUGAUUGGAAUGCCAGAUAUGAAAGAAAUCAUACUAUUUGCUAAGUUACUUUUAAACCAUCUGUAUGUGCAUCAUUCACAUCCUGACCAGAAAUCUUUCAUUGUGUUCAGAUAAACAGAGGGCCUCCAUUAUGAGAAAAUUUCAUAUAUAUAGUUUUUAACAGUUCAAAAUGUUCUUUGAAACAGUUUGCUAUAUUUACAAGAAUAUGGGGAGUUUUGUUCUAGAGGCAGGCACCUUGCUGUCUCCAGGAAACCUUAGAUAGAGCCGUAGAGACCGACAGUCUUUGAGGUGGGUUAAGAUUUAAUGUUUAGUUGGAAAAAAUACUAGUCGAAGGAUCAGUCAGCAAUUAUUUUAUACACAACUUGAAAUUUGAAAUUAUAUACACAGCACUAUUUACCAAAAUUGCUACUCAUAAAGCUAUGAUAGUAAUUAUGGUAAUUUUUUAGCCAUUCACAUUUGAGAAAAAAGUAAAAGGUAAGAAAAUGUGAAAUAGUGUAAUCAUUUUUGUUUGAGAUAUUUUGUCACUCCUAGUAGUAUUUUCCUGCCAGCCCUUCAGCACCAGCACUCAGCAGCUAGGGAAGGGGGGGGAGGUGCAGCACUGUGAGGUGUGUCCUGGAGUAGGUGCUUGGGUGUCUACUUAGUAUUACAGUAUAAUUCACCAAAGUAAUUAAAAAUGCAGUGGGGACCAUAUUAAUCUUUAGUGCUUUUCUUAUUCAUUAUUACUUUUAUUCUAAUACCAAAGACCAAUCAUGAACUCUGCAACCUCCAUAUUUUGUCAAUGUGUCACUGAAUGGAUGUUUUCACAAAGUUGAUUCUGGUAAUAUUAAUUGAGCAUUUUUUUUAUUUUUAGCCAUUGCGUGCACACACACACACACACACACAGGCACAGUUAGGAGUCUGAGUAAUUAUCUGAAAGUAACUGAAGGGCAUCUGUGGGAAACUUAAAUUAUUUAAUUUUAAAAAUCUAGAACUUGCUGAUUUUUUGUUUAAUUUUUUUUACCCUCUUCUUCGGGCUUGGCCUUUAUGUUUAGUAUGAGCACCAAUACCUAAAGAAGUUUGGGAAAUCAAGGAAAACAUGCUUGGGUUUUGAUUUCAGGAUUCAGAAUUUUUUGUUUGGCCAUAACCCUCUCAAUGCUGUUCUGCACUUAAAUCUGUUCAGUAAUGCUGACAGCAAAAUGCUUGAUCUAAGAAUGAUACUCCCUAAUGUUUCAUUGGAGUCGGUCUGUUUUCUGAUUAUUCUGUAUUUGCUUCAAUAUUUACUUUUUCUUUCAAAGCUUUAUCCUUCACUAUUCUGUGAAUAGAAAUUCAAGAGACAGGAAGAAUGACACUGCCCACUGUUAUAACUGGUGAUGUGAUAAUGAUGGUUUGAUACUGUCUCUUUGAAUUAGCCUGUCAGCAUGCAUUAGCCUCCAGCUUACAGGGAAGCAGGUAACUUGAUGAAAUAGGUUAUUAUUUGAUGAUUGACCUUCAACUAGGAGGAUGUUACUGCCUACAUUUGUUUAUGUCAGCACUGUUUUCCUCUUUAAUCUAACAGUUGUCAAGGCAACAGCUGCUGUACUCAAGAGCUACAAAUACUUUGCUUCUCUUCUGUUUCAUGCAAAUGCAUUAUUGUCAGAUAAAAUGUCUGAACAAUAAGGAAUAGUUCAGUCACAUUAUGGACCCACCUUGACUUAUUGAAAGAUUUUAUUGCAUUGAUUUAAUGACACUGAUGUUUUCCUUAGCGCAAGUCGACUCUGUUCUCGGGAGCAUGACGAGGUUUCGUUACAAAGGUGUGAGUCUCCUCAGCAGUACAAGUGAAGGUAUAAAGUUAGAAAUAUUAUCAAUGUAUUACUUCUCAACAGCAGUAAGAGUAGAACAACACGACCACACCAGCCAGAAUCACAAUUAUGAUGGACAUCAGACAUGAGAUGUGUCUAGUGGUACAAACAUUGGUGAAAGAACCACCGGACAAUAGAGAGAAAUGUGACGCAUCUCUGCUCCAACUCUGAUGUUUGGAAUAAUCAUGAUGCUGCCUGCUCGUGUCCAUGAGGAUUCAGUUGACAAGUAGCUUACUGCCUUGACCGACUGUAAAAUGUGUUUUGUAAACUAGAUGCAGCUGUAGGGGAAGUGUCUCCUUGAAGCUGUAAUAUUUUGGAUGAACUGACAUUUCUACUUCAUAUAUAACCAACCUAUUGCUAAUUUGAAUUGGCAGUGUACAAAUGAGCUUUGGAUUAUAAGCAUACAUAAGAACUUUCUGGUUGAAUGUGAUUAUUCAUCCAGACCAGAACAUAGAUGCUUGAAAGUAAUAUAAUAUAAUGGUGGACUACAGAAUACAGUGAAGAGAUGUGAAUGUUGUGUGCAAUAAGUGACAUUGACUUUUAUGGAACCGCACAAUCUAAAUGAACCUUGUAUGUGGUGAAUGUGGACACACUUGGAGAUGUAGUUUUGUAUUCUUCAGAAACUCAAGAUAAGUGUGAUGGUGAGAACAGAAGAAAUGCAUAGAAAAGUUCUUGAGUGGGAGUUUGAGAAAGGCUGUUGUGUGUCGGUCAGAAAAAUUAACAUGUUUGCAAGCUGCACAGAUUAGACCCCAUGGAUGUGCCUCAAAUGUGAUGCAAAGACUGCAACAUCACUAUCUGAGGGAGACACUUUUGCUGCCCAUUGUUACUGCAGUGUCUCCACAGCAAUAAUCUUAAGUUGAUUGUAAUGUAUGCAACAUUUAAAUUUCUUACAUAUAAAGGUCUUAAAAUUUAUUAGAAAACUUUGUAAGGGUAAAUACUCUUGUGACUUUGUUUCAUAUGUUAUAUUUUAAAUUUUGACAAAAGUUUAGGUUUACGUAAACAAAUAUGAAUGAGCAGUUGAUUAGAAUUAAACAUUGAUUUAGUGUAGGCUUCUUAAAACUCAUCAACCUUCAUGCCAGAUAUGCAAGUGACUAAUUAUCACUAACUAACUUUGGUCAUCAAAAGAUAUACUAAAAAGACUAAAUUAGCUUAGCAUUUUACACUAAAAGUGGCCCGGCCAUUAAUGUGCCUGAUGGCCAGACUUGGAGGCCUUGGACACCUAACAGCUGCUUUACUCAUCAUGAAGUUUCACUUGCAGGUAACCCAGCAUGUCCAGUUUUCAUUGUCUUGAAAGAUAAUUCAAUACGAUUAUUUGAUCAUGUAAUCACAAGGGUUGGAUGUACCAAAUGAAGGCUGUGAUAGCACUUUCCCCUUGUUGGUGUAACUAGUAAUUUUUGUGAUUUGGUGACAUGUUACAAUCAUGCUUGUUGCAGACCAAAAGUUCACCCGAGUCAUCAGCGAGGUGUCAGUCUGCUGACGUGUGUGUGAAGCACUGCGCUGCCCAGGCCUGGAGGUGAGGUAGUGUCAAAAUCAACAUGGUUGAUAUUGACGCAAAGCCUUAUAUCUUUGAAGUGGUAUGCUGAUAUUUGGUGCUCCUUCUUUACUUGACAUUUACAUUCUGUUGUCAUUUGUGACUAAAAUGUAUAUAUCUUAUGUGGAUUCCUAAUUUAAGACUUCUUUGAGGAUUUUUCAAUCACAAUCUGCAUAGAAAAUAAGUCAAAUGGUACGCACAAAAAAAACAUUAAGUAAGGAUAUGUUGCAUUUAUGAUAUUAAAAUUUUGCAAUGAUGUAUUAGGUUUUAGAUGUUCAGGAAGAGCAAGAAUGCAAGAUGACAUUUCAUAUUUUUAGUACAAAAGAAAAUAAGAAAAAAUAAACGGGUACAGUUGUAUAUGAUGAAUUUCAAGACGAGUGAUUGUUACCACAAUGGCAGAAACCUUGUUACAGACUUCAUAUCGUACCCAAAAUGCAAGGCACCAUUCCCAACAUUUCCUUUCAUGACUGUACUUUAAAAUUAAGAAUCAUAAGCCGUAUGUAUUUAAUGUCUUACCUUGAGGGUUGCAAGGGUGGAGCACACACACUGUCUUGGUGUGGUUGGCCACAGCUGUCUAGUCAAGUUUUAGGUUCAAGACAGACUGCAGGUGUCUAUGGAUUGAAAUGUUUUACUCCUUUUAGUACAUCUUUUGUUAUAUUUUUAAACCAUUCCAUUUUACUUUGUAGUUGUAAUAUCUGAUCUGGUGUACUGUUAACAAGAAAAAUGUGUUUUCAUAUAUAAAUUAAGAGUCUGCAUCAUAUCACCUCCACUAAAUUGAUGUUAUUAUUUUAUUGAUCUUUGGUGUACAUAAUUUUAAAUAUUUUAGCAGCUUGCAAACCUGGUAAUUACUAAGUAACAGCAAUGGAAAGAAUAGAUCUUGUUUUGUAACAAAGAUAUAA